UUGUGUUUACUUACAUACGUGUGUUACAUGAACCUAAAUAACUCUAGGUUAAACUGUACGCCAGUGAAUAAGUUCCUGUGUGUCUACUGAUUAAUUUUUCUUUAGAGAACUGUUAAAGAAUACCUUGACUUGUCCCCGUAUUGAUUGUACAAUCGAUUUAAAAGUUUAAUAUCUUUCCUUCGCUUUGACUUUAGGGUUUUUCGAAAUGGAGUUGUUGAGUGUAGGUGACUUUAUGCCGGUUUUAAGGAAUUAUGUUUUGUCAUUAUAGAUACACACAUUUUCACGUUGUAAUAACUGCUGCCGAAAAUGGAUGGAUUUCAGGAACCAAUAUGCGCAGGUUGCGAGUAUUAUGAAGAUAAUUACAAAAAGGCUUUAGACCGGUUCUUGCUGUAUAAGGAAAAAAUAAUGUGUACACAGACUCUGAUACAGAAAUAUGAGAGGAGGAAGCAGCAGAAUCAACAACUCGUAAGAAAACUGCAGAAGUCACGGCACAGUGCUGCAACUGUAAGAGAGAGAUUUAUGCAUUAUAUGGAGAGAUAUAUGCCACUUGAAAAGUCGUACAAUGACCUUAGAGCUGGGUACAAUGAACUUGAAAGCAAACUGCACACGCAGAGUACAGCACUUAUCGCUCUGCAGCAACAUAAUAAGCAGCUUACUGCUCUUGUAGAAGUACAGGAAAAAGACGUGAAUGAGUACAAGGACAAGACUGAAAGAAUAGAAGAAGAGUUGAAAAAGAAGCUAAGGGGUGUCCAUAUAGCCAAGGCAAAGGUGGACCAUAAAUAUCAUAAUAUAGUGAAGUCGGCUAUAGAACUGGCAGUUAUAUUACAGGACAAAGGAAUGUUACCAGAUUCCUACAAACUUUGCUUAAAAUCAUGGAGAAAGCAGCUUUCACAAGAUAUGAAGCAUGAAAACUUUUGUGAUAAUGGAGGAUUUUCUCCUGAUAAGGCAUCAAGUAUCAGCUCACAAGACACUGGCUUUGAUUCUUCAAAAAGUAUGUCUGAUGAUGAAAGUCAGUUUGAUGAAAAAGUGAAUAGAAGAAAAGGAUGUAUUGAUCCGCAUAGAUUCCACAUCUGAGAUCUGGGCACGCAGUUGUGAGGCAUGUCACAGAACUCGGCAGACAGUAGAACCGUCUUGCAGGCUGCCACUCAUGAAUGCGCACACAGCCUAACCUCCAUGUGGAUGACAGCUUUAUAGAGUCGGGCCGGGCCAGUCUUGCCCUCAGUUACAUGUUGACAUUCUGACUAGGAUUAUUGGACUGGUAGCGUAGCCACU